AUGAAAAAAACGAUAAUCACGUUCGUAAAAUUAAGUUUGCUUAUAGCAAUGUUAAGCUCAUUAUUUCCAUGGCAUAAAUUGUUAAAUCAAGAUUUUGAAUCAAAAUUAAGGAUUUAUUACAUUACUUACAACUUAAUGUUCUUAACAAUAAUAACUUCUAUAACUUGGUUUUUAUCUUUAAAAUUUAAAAAAGAUUAUAUUAAGUAG